CGGCGGCUCAUCCCUCCAUCCAUCCCUCCAUCCAUCCAUCCCGGUGAGCACCGGCAGCUCCCUGGAUCCCCCCGGGGCUGCUCAUAAGGCACCGGGGAUGCCCCGACGCCACCAGCAGUGGCCGCUGACCGGCUCCACGUCAUGAGCGAGCGACUUUGGCUCCGGGAACCGCGGGCUCCGAGUCCCGAGGGCUCCGAGCGCCGGGGGCUCCGAUCCGCCGCCGCCGCCGGUGCGGGGGCAUGGGGCUCCGCCGCGUCCUGCUGCUCGGGGAGGGCAAUUUCUCCUUCGCCGCUUCUCUCUGCGGGGCCGAGGGCACGCACGUGGUGGCCACUUGCUACGAGAGCGAGGAGGACGCGUCCCGGUGCGGGGGAGCCGCGCGGAGCAUCCGCAGGCUGCGGGAGAGCGGAGCUGAGGUUGUGUUUUCUGUGGACUGCACCAAGCUGAAGGACUACUUUUCACCAGAAAAAAGACAAUUUGAUUGUAUUUACUUCAACUUCCCCCACUGUGGGAGGAAGGCUGGGGUAGUGAAGAACAGGGAGCUUCUUGCCCACUUUUUCCAUAGCUCCGCAGAAGUGCUGGCAGAGGAGGGAGAGAUCCAUGUGGCUCUUUGCAAUGGCCAGGGUGGGACACCUGCAGACCAGCCAAGGAGAGAGUGGCACAACAGCUGGCAAAUAGUGGCUGUGGCAGCAGGAGCUGGAUUUAUCUUGAGUGAUGUUCAUCCUUUUAAUGCAGAGACGAUCCAUGGAUAUAAAUGUACAGGUUACAGGAGCCAAGAUAAAUCCUUCUGUGUAGAGGGUGCCCUGAACCACGUUUUCACACGGAGUACACCUCUCCUGUGUUUCACACCUGUGAGCUGCAGGAUACAACUGGAAAGCCAAAAGGUUUCUUUUCAAGUGCCACAAGUCCUUGUGGAUAAAAUUAAUAGGGGUUUCCUGGAACCAAACUCAAACCACCCAGUCCGGACAGUGAAGGAGGAGCUCGCUGCAGGGCUCAGCCAAGCCUUUCCACUACAGGAUACUGACUCCUGCCUUCCCCUGCUCCUCCAAGGCCACCUCAAUGGGGUUUGUCCCUCCAAUAUCUUUUGGAUCACUCCGAGCCCAGAGGAGACUCCAAGCCCUGAGGAAAUGUCUCAUGGACCAGCAAAUGCAGUUUUAUUUUCCCGUGCUGAUUUUUGCCAGGGCACAGAGAAGAAUGUCCCAGAAGGAUGUCACAGCCCAAAGCAGUUUUACCUCAGACCUUCCCUUCUGCCUCAUGCUCAGGCAAUAAUGCAAGAAGGAGCCUUUCUCCCAGGGACACUCCGUGUUCUUUCUGGGCCAGUUUUCAGGAAGUGUCGUGUCACUCCUCACUCCAUGCCUGUUUUUCACGAGGUGCUCGUUGUGUCUGCAGUGAACAGGGGUACAGAGAGCAGCUGUGUCCAGAUGUUGGUGAAUAACAUUACAUCCACUAUACAUUCUCUUCACCAGACUGGCACUAAACCAAAUAUCAACCUGCAGGAAGCAACGAGCUCUGAAACAACUGAGCUAAGUGACUUUGCUGCUUUUGAGUCUCAGCUUGGUAAAAUUCAGUACUUCAUCUGCACGGAGACAGAUCCUCCAGGCUCCUGUGAGAAGGUCUCCUGCCUGGGGGUUAUAAGGACAUCUCAUGAGCUAGCAAGCAGUGAGCUGGUGGUUGUCUUUGCCUCACUGAACCUUGACCUGCUGGCCAUGCUGCUCUGUGGAAUAUCCGACUGGAGAAUGCUCUGGACACCGGACACACGGUUCCUGAGGCAGUUUCCUAGAGGAGAGCUGAGGCUUUUCAAGAGUUUUUCCCUCUAUCCCCCUUCCUACGUGCACGACGUCAGCUUUUGGCUUCCCGAGGGGGAGCAGUUCGACGAGGUUGCUUUUCACACCCUCGCCAGGGGGGUGUCAGGUGAAACGGUGGUUUCCAUCCAGCUGAGGGACAGUUUCCAGCAGGCAGGGACGGGGCGGAGGAGCCUCUGCUACAGGUUGACCUUCCAGUGCUGCGACAGGGCCCUGAGCUGCCGCGGGGCCGCGGAGCUGCAGCUGCGCCUCCGGGAGGAAAUCCAGCAGCAGCUGGGUGUGACCCUGAGGUAGAACAUUCCAGGCUGGGCUCAGGUGCUCCAGCAGCACCUGUGCAGGUUUCUGCUCUGGCCAAUGUCACCUGACACGGGGUGUUAUUGCAGCGCCUCUUACAAAGGCGGGGUGGACUUUGAGUACCUGCACACGUCAUAAAUGUGGAAAUUCCUGUUAAGGAGGACCAAGCACCUCCCUGUUCUCUGUGUGUGUAAUGAAAACUCGUUUUAUAAAGUGGAGCCUUUCUUUCCUAGG